AUGUCUUCGGAAAGGGUAGAAUGGGUGGAAAUAAUCGAGCCCAAAACAAAGGAGCAUAUGUAUGCUAACCUUACCACAGGAGAAUGCGUUUGGGAUCCACCUGAGGGUGUCAAAGUAAAACGAACAGACUCGUCACAAUGGUGGGAAUUGUUUGAUAUAAACACUCAUAGGUUUUAUUAUUACAAUGCAUCAACUCAGACUACUGUUUGGCAUAGACCUACAGACUGUGACAUAAUACCAUUAGCCAAAUUACAGACAUUGAAACAAAAUACUGAUCCUCAAAAAAGAAGAGAAACAUCAACACAGACUAACCAGACAGCUACACAGGUGUCAUCAGCAGUCGACCCUGUAAGCAGUAAUGGCAACAGUACAUUGGCAAGUGCCAGCAAACUUUCCCCGAUCAAUGCCAAAGGUGCACUUGUUACGCAAACUAGCCCUGUGAGAACACGGAAGUACUUUCAUCAUAGGGAUAAGAAUAGUGGUGAGAGCAGACGUGGCCGGCUCAGUGAGGACGGUACGACAGCACUAUGUCGACACACAGACUCUGGAAGAUCUUCUGACAGUAGUAUCAGCAGCGCUCAACAGAGGAGAAAACAUGAGUUAAAUGCAGCUCCAUGCAAUCCGGCAGUGUGUACACCGCAAGUUAGAAAAAGGAGCAGCGCUGUGCAAGCACAUGAAGGGGAAAAAUGGUCACCUCAUUCAGGUAUUGUAUACUCGGUUUGA